AUGCCGAACGUGCGCGCGCUGCUGGACACGAGCAUGUUCACGUGCGGGCAGUACCGCCCCGCCGGCAGCGAGCAGACACUGCAGGUGGCGCUUGGCCGCGACGUGCAGCGCGAUCUGGGCCGCGUGCCACAGCGCAUCGGCGUGCGCGUGGCCAUGACGGAGGAGACGGCGACGCUGCUGUGCGCGGACAACGAUAGCGGCGGCAGGGGCUUCUUCAGCGGAUCACGAAAUGCUCUGCAAGGGGUGUGCGGACAUUCUCGGUGUGGGCGCAGUUCGCGGGGAUGGUUCCCACGCUGGACGCGUUGA